AUCAUGCUGGCAGCCGUGGUGUGUGCGUCGCUCCAGGAUUAUUACGGUCUGUUCUAACAUCGCCAGCAGCGUCUAAACUGUAAAACUGAGAAACUGAGCCGCGUAUCUUUGACCUGGGUCUGCACAGUACCUUUGAAAACCAUGAACUGCUUUCUCAGCGAAUUUAAGUGACCAAACGGACAGCGAGCGGAAAAACCUUAAACGAAACCAUUCGAUUUGGGCUGGGUGGAAGCACGGCAUCCGGCCUCCGAGGAAGCCGCACGGAGGGGCUCAUCGUUUCUGCAAUGGAGAGGAUGAAGAGGUUCAGACGGCGUCUCUCCCUGACGCUGCGCGGGAGCCAGACCAUCGACGAGUCACUGUCCGAGCUGGCCGAGCAGAUGACCGUGGAGGAGAGCAGCAGCAUGGACAGCGAGCCCAUCGUGAGGAACGGCCGCCCCCCCACCUCGCAUAGCAUGCACUCCUUCCUGCACCAGUACACCGGCUCCUUCAAGAAGACGCCCCUGCGCCGCCCCCACAGCGUCAUCGGGGGCAGCCUGGGCUCCUUCAUGGCCAUGCCCCGCAACGGCAGCCGAUUGGACAUUGUGCACGAGAACCUGAAGAUGGGCUCGGACGGGGAGAGCGACCAGGCGUCAGGGACGUCAUCCGACGAGGUCCAGUCCCCCAUGGGCGUGUGCCUGAGGAACAGGACCAACCGCCGAAUCUCCAUGGAGGAUCUGAACAAGCGUCUGUCUCUGCCGGCCGAUAUCCGGAUUCCUGACGAUUAUCUGGAGAAGCUGCAGCUGAACAGCCUCCGCUUCGACCAGCCCCUGAGCCGGCGCUCACGCAGGGCAUCACUGUCAGAGAUUGGAUUCGGGAAGCUGGAGACCUACAUCAAGCUAGACAAGCUGGGAGAGGGGACGUACGCCACUGUCUUUAAGGGGAGGAGCAAGCUGACAGACAACCUGGUGGCGCUGAAGGAGAUUCGGCUGGAGCACGAGGAGGGGGCCCCCUGCACCGCCAUCCGGGAAGUGUCACUGCUAAAGGACCUGAAGCACGCCAACAUCGUGACGCUGCACGACAUCGUCCACACAGACAAGUCCCUGACACUGGUCUUUGAAUACCUGGACAAGGACCUGAAGCAGUACAUGGAUGACUGUGGGAACAUCAUGAGCAUGCACAAUGUGAAGAUCUUCCUGCUCCAGAUCCUUCGGGGUCUGGCCUACUGCCACCGGCGGAAGGUGCUUCACCGAGACCUGAAGCCUCAGAACCUGCUCAUCAACGACAGGGGAGAGCUCAAACUGGCCGACUUUGGUUUGGCCCGGGCCAAGUCCGUUCCCACGAAGACGUAUUCCAACGAGGUGGUGACACUGUGGUACCGCCCCCCAGACGUCCUCUUGGGCUCCUCCGAGUAUUCCACCCAGAUUGACAUGUGGGGAGUGGGGUGCAUCUUUUACGAAAUGGCUUCGGGCAGGCCCCUGUUCCCUGGGUCCACUGUGGAUGACGAGCUGCACCUGGUCUUCAGAAUGCUCGGCACUCCCACAGAGGAGACAUGGCCAGGGAUAACCUCCAUUGAAGAAUUUAAAUCUUACAACUUCCCUAAAUACAAAGCCCAGCCCCUCAUCAACCAUGCACCAAGGCUGGACACUGAGGGGAUUGACCUCUUACUAAUGUUUUUAAAAUAUGAGUCCAAGAAAAGGAUCUCAGCGGAUGAGUCCAUGAAGCAGCCUUACUUCAAGAGCCUUGGAAUGCGGGUACACACGCUGCCAGAGAAUGUGUCAAUAUUCACACUGAAGGAGAUCCAGCUGCAAAGAGACCCAGGCUACAGGAGCACAUCCUACCCAGAAACAGGAAACGGUAAGAGCAGACGGCAGAGCAUGCUCUUUUAGUCUCUUACUCCGACAGUCGGGGCUGAAACGGGAGCAAGGACUUCUUUUGUGUUGAAUAAACUCACCCUGCAGCCCAGAGAGGAGGAAAUGCGUGUGUGUGUGUCGGGGGGGGGGGGGGUCCUUCCUUUGGAGUGUGCCCCCUUGCCCUCUCCCACAUGUGGCCCCCAAACCUGAGCCCCCCCCCUC